UGGCCAAGAAGGCGCUGUUCAGCCGGCACCCGGAGAUGAUGGACUGGCCGUCGGACCACAACUGGUUCUUCGCCAAGAUGAACAUCACCCAGAAACCUGAGACACAGUCACCACAGAAUCAAGAUGCAUGCGGUCCCACAGCCACCUGUCUUCCAGUCAUAAGGUUUUAAAAUGGUAUUUACAGUAAUGGCUUGCCUGUCACGGAAAUGAUGUAAAGUGCAAGCUCUACUUGCCUAUGACCAUCAUGAUUGUCAAUCAAUGUCUAAUCUCCAGGUUAUAUGUUUUUAUUCAAACCCAUAUCCCUGAAUGAUGUGUUGAGUCUAUUUAACUCCAGCCAAAUCAAACAAUUAUUUUUUAUACUACAUAGGAAUGUCAGUCCCAGUGGAUCAAAAUUAUUUUUCUGAAUAAUUGUAAUUUUUACAACAUGAAAAGGAUGAAAAACUUUGGCAUUAGUUUGACCUAAAAAGUGAAUUGUACCAUUUUAAGGGACUGGACAGCUUACCUGGGUAUAACACUAGCAUAUGGUGUACAACUACACUGCAUAUGAUUGUGGUCUUGUAGAGUACGGCAUAGGAUUUUUAUCUUUCAGUUCUCCUUUUCAAGACAAACAUAACCAAUAUUGUUUGUUUCUAUUGGAUUACUUCCUUAUACAUGGUUUUCACCUGUGAACAAACACAUUUAAAUCAUUAUGACAUUGUAAGUAAUGCACUGCUGUUUGGCAGUAUUUCUUGCCUUUUAUUCUAAACUUUAUACAAAGUUUUUCAUAUGUGUGAUCUAUUUCUGUGUGAGCACUUUAUGAAUUAAAGCUAUUUUUGAUUUAAACACCUCUAGUCUUUCUUCUGAAUUAUCUAGAUUAUCAAAACAAUAUCUAAAGUGAUAAUGCCAUCAGUGCCUGAACAUCAUACCACAGGGCAAAACGCAGUUAAUAGAGCAAGACAAGGUCCAGCCCUCUCUAAAGUUUUGUCUACAGCUAAAAAAGAAUUGUGUAUUGGUAUGUUUGCAAUUGUUCCUCAGCAUGCAAUCAGUGCAGUAUCUUGAGCUGUUGGAAGAUGUUCUAACAUUUCUGUAUCUGUGAGAGUGUCUGUUUAUAUGAGCGUGCAGGUGGUUGCAUCUGUCAGUUUCAAUAAAUGAAAAAAAAAACCCCAGAAACUCCAAAGAGGUUAGGGCUUGCACGAUGUCUUUUGUGGGCGGGGCAAAUAUGUAACCAGGUGGAGUGUGGUUGGCCCACUUCCUGUGUGAACGAGAGAAUGAGAAUGGCAGUGUCGAACCCUUUGCACCCACGUGACCCACUGACUUCCUGUCAUCAAGACACACUGCAGCGUCUCUUGGCGUUCCUGUUCAGUUCAGGUCGACAACAACCCUCCUGCAGCUCCUCAACAGGGCAAAUCCAAAAUGGCCGGCCAAGGGCGUACUGGUGUUGUGCUUUUGCUCUUCGCGAUCCUGGCGAUCCCUUCUUCAGAGGCCAAAAUGCAUCUGUUUGAUCCCAGACUGUGCUACAUCCUGGAUGGGUUUCUGAUGUUUUACGGCGUCAUGAUCACCGCUCUGUUUGUCAAAGAGAGGUGCGGCAAGCCCAAGACCUCCCCAUCACAAGACAGCACAUAUGCCGCCCUGGUUAAGAAGCCUGAGGAUAACUAUGACGUGCUAAGUCACAACCGUGGAGAUGUCGAGAGUGGCUCUGGACGAGGUCGUAGACAACAAGCACAUGACGACACUUACACGGCGUUGAGCAGACCAGACCAGGACACCUACAAAUCGAUCCAACCAAAGAAAGAUCGUCGUCAAAAAGAUGACCAAGUGUACCAGGGCUUGAGAACGGGCACCAAAGACACCUAUGCCAAACUGCAGCCCCGCCAGCAGACACGCUAAGCUGGCACUACUCCUCAGAUGCCAUCUGGAGGACUUACUCCUUACUUUGGUUUCAUCCAGUCCAUAAGAAAACAACUCUCAAUCUAUGGGUGUCUGUCUUUGGCUUAGAUGUUGUAUUGGGAGUUAGACACAGACACAGACACAGACACACACACACACGCAGGCACACACACACGCACUAUACUUUCACGAUACAGAAGUGAGCAGUGUUUAUAGAAGAAGUCAAAAACUAACAGUUUGAGCUUCGUGUAAAAGGUCUGAAAAAAAAAACGCACGUUACUAAAGCUAUUUAAGAGCGAGGGAGAUACUGUAUGGGUCUUUAGCCUGGAAUGGUUUGUCCUGAGCUCGUUUCAUUGUUCCUGAGAAGCUUUGCUGAUUUAUUGCUUUUAUGUAAAAGAAAUUAUGUAUGAUCUCACAUCUCUCUUUUGUGCAAAUGACAUAUACUUCUUUACAAUAUAUAUAUAUAUAUAUUUUCAAUAAUAAUUUGCUUUUUUCCCCCCCAAAUUGCUAUUUUGCCAAACUUUAACUUUGCUUAAACAGUGCUUAAAUUGCAUUUACUUGGAUUGGAUGCAGUACAAUACAACCAAACACAUAGAGCAGGGGUCAACGAGGGCCAUUUUUUCACAUUUCUCCCAGUAAAGGGACCGAACUAUAGGUACAGUAUGUAUUAUAGUUGCCUACUGUCAAUGAUAAAAACUAUGGGAGACUUCAUUGAAUUGGGGGGUGUGAGGAUCCUCCCCCAGAAAGUUUUGCAUUUCUUAGAUGUAAUAUCCUGCAUUUAAACGUCCCGUGUCCCGUUUCAGCUCUAUACAGAACCCAUUAUUUAUCUCUAAAUUCCGAAAAUCUGUAUUUCAAGGGGCUUGUGGGGGGCCAGAACCUUGUUGUCCAAGGGCCGCAUCUGGCCCCAGGGCCGCCAUUUGAAUAGCCCUGACAUAGAGUAAUAAUUGCACUGACAGAUGAUUUAAAACCUGUACUACAUUGCCCUCUACUGGGUAGUUUUCGCACCAUUAAGCAAUAAUUUGCAUGGUAAAUUGGUUUAAGCUAGGGGUGGGCAAUUAUUUCGACUCAAGGGUCACAUUGGGUUUAGAAUAUUUACAGAAGGCCCAGCACUUGCCUGUGUCUAUAAUUGGAAAUAAUGUAAGAUGCUGUUGUUGCCUAUUUCAUUCCUACAUAUUGCAAUGAGCCUACUGUAUAGACUUCUGGUUAGAUCCUGGUUAAAUCCUGUUUAUAAGGCCAGCACCAUAUCCAACCAGACCACUACCCUUUAUCCACAGCUUUCGUAUUCACUAUUCUCUUGGUAAAACACAAUUAUUUAAAUCAAGGGGAUUUUUUUUUAAAAUGGUGGACAGUUCUAAGUCAUUACUAUACAGUGCAUACAGUUGGCUUCAGGGCUGGACUGGCCAUAGGGGAUACACGGCAUUUGCCCGGUGGACUGUUGAUGGUUUUGAUCUGGUCCUCCCCUAAAUGUAGCGUUAGCAAUCCUCAUGCAGCUAUAGCAAAUCUCUCCGAGUCAGAUUUAAAUAUCUUUGGCUCUUGUGGUCAAAAUGGCUCAUAAUAGAUGACAAAAAAAUUCGUCACAGGCUUCAUUGUCUAUCGCAAUGCCUGCCGGACCGCUCUUGGCUAAAAAUACCCAGCUUGAUUUUUCAUCCCAGUCCAGACCUGGUUGGCUUUUUAUGCAUUUUGUUGUAAAUGCGAGACAGUUUCCUGAUUUUCUAAAAUUACUCUUGAUGGCAAAUAGUAUGAGUAUGUGAUGCAUGUUUUCUUCAAAGAGACUGUAAUGAAGUAUUUGAAGUAUUUGAAUUGUAGCCUUUAGUCUUGCUUUGAUUUUAUUAGGCCUACAGAAAUACACAGCAGUUUUUCGAAACUGAUGUCAACUGUACUUUUGGGAUUUGUAAGAUAUAUUGCUUGGUUUGCGGACAACAAAUCAUCCACACAUAUGUCACGCAUGUAAAUAAUAAUGCUGUGUCUCUUGAGGCUUUUUGAUUAUACAUGCAUGUUUUGAAUGCUUGGAUGGAAAGCUAUUUUUUUCUUUUACAAACAAUAAAAAAAUCUUUCUUCAAUGAGUGUUC